ACUGAGUUCCUUAUUAUCCAUUAUGCUCAUCAGUAUAGAAAUAACGGUCUGUAAGGAUUUUUAUUUUGAAAAUUCUCUCAGGAUGUUGUGAUGUCAUUCAGGAAGCCAGAACCACCAGCGAUGGAUAACAUUAAGCUAGGAGCUGAUCUAUAAUGUUCUUUAAAGGCCAUACACAUCGCUUACAGGAACGUUUCAUGAUGUGGGGAAAGUUUACGCGGAUCCAUAAACCCUCUGCAGUAUCUACCGAGUCCAUUUGGUCAGACUCGUCCAAUGACAGAACAAGUCUUCACACAUCUGUUUUAUGAGGUAGCUUUGGGGUUUGUUGUUGCCAGGAUAAACACACAUCUACUCACAGUUUGGCAGCAUCAUCAUCAUCAUCAUCAGGAGGAGGACUGGUCCUGAAGCUGGGUUGCCAUGGCUACAGCGCGCUUCCCCGGUAAGAGUGUGGUGGACGUGGUGGAGGCUAACUGGACCGCAGCUCCGGCGCUGGGCCGGCCGGUGUGUGUCAACGGGACGCCGUGGAUCCUCUACCUGCUGGAGGAGUGUGUGGACAACGUGUGGGAGUACUGCAGCGUGGUCAUAGGACUCAUAUCCAUGUUCUGUUUCCUGCUGUCCACUCUGCCGCAGGUUUAUGAGGCCUAUCGGAACGGUAAAGUGGAGGAGGCCAUGUCUUUUGGCUUCCUUUUCUUCCUCUUCAGUGGAGACUUGACCAGCUUUGCAGGCUGCUACCUCACCAGCCAGCUGCCUAUUCAGAUGGUCACAGUGGUGUUCUACAUCUUCACAGACCUCAUUCUCAUCUCCCAGUUUCUCUACUAUAAGAUCAAGAACAGCUCCAGCAGAAAAAGCCCUGUGUUGAAGUGGCUGUGCUUCAUGUGGUGUGGCGCUGCUACCUUAGUUCUCCUGGCUUUACCCAAACUCAUCGUAGACAAUAGUGCAACUUUAGACACCCAGAGUCCGACUACCUCUAAAUCGGUGGAAAUCACUGGCUAUAUAUGUGGAUACCUGGCAUCUAUCUUCUACCUCAGCUCCCGCUUCCCCCAGCUCUAUAAAAAUUUCCAGCGACAGUCUACGGAGGGCACCUCGUACCUGUUGUUCGCCCUGGCCAUGAUGGGCAACGGCACGUACGGGUUGAGCGUCAUCGUGGUCCUGCCUGCACUGAAGGGCUCCAAACAGACCUUCAUCAUCAAACAUCUGGCCUGGCUCAUCGGCAGCCUGGGAGUCCUCAUACUCGACUUCUUUGUGACUGCCCAGUUCAUCAUGUACAGGAAGAACAACUCGGCUAAAAGCAGCAUGCUACUCAGCAUCCCAGAGGUGCAGCCUCUGCUGUGUGAGGAAGUGGAACUCUCCUUGUUAUAGGACACCGACAUGGACCGCACAGUCAAUAAUGGACCGGUCAGUCUACGGUUUGUUUUUGAUCAUUCUGUGGAUCCUUUGUGGUCACGGAUUUACUCAUAACAACAUAUGGGAAGAUUUCAGAAGCAUUGUAGAAGGUACCAGCAGGUGAUUCCAGUGCACUGUUAUACCGUAGUCUGAUUUUCUGCUGUUAAGAGGACAAACAUGAUCGACACUUGUAUGGUUUACCGACAGGAAACGCUACAGAAAAGAUCUGGUGAAUACAUUUUUCUCAACACCAGCGAUCAACUAGUUAAAUGAAGUACUACUUUAGUAACAUUUCUCUCUCUAGGCAGGCGAGUUAGCGCCAAUGAAAUAUGUUCCUGGUAAUGAAUGCUUUCAUUUUUGAUAAAUUUCUCCACUGGGAUUACUUGAUUUAGUUUUGGAUGGAAUAACUGUAUUUUUAUUGGCCACUGGGGACCAUACAGACACACCCAGAGGAGGAACCUUAAUGCCAGACGUCUCUUCACAAAUGCAAGCUUUAUGGAAGAAUGAAGUGCCUGUUACAUUUAUACAUCUCUGACAGGGUAAAUACUGCUGAGGACUGCAGUAUUAUACUAGGAUGCAUGGUUGACGUUUUCUUACCUGAUUUGGUAUUUUUGAGUGCCAUAAAAUACAGAGUUUGCGUGAGCACAGUAAUAGAGGAAGCUGACGGAUUGUGUGAUUGUGAUGUGAACGUACUGCAGUAGCAGGGGGCCAUCCCUCCACCUGAAUAAUGCUCAUUUGACUACAAGUGUAUAACGGGCCUCAUUUUCUAUUUCAAAAGGACGUUGCAUUUCUCUGCUUUCGUGGUCCUAGCUCUCUUCUAUCCUGGAGAAAGACGUUGUUUGUGCCUUUUUAAAAUGAAAUACAGUCUUAAUAUAAAUGUCCUGUAUAUCCAUUUCAAAACUAAAUUAUUUUUAAAUUAAGUUAGAUUUUUUAAAUAUUGACUGAUUUAUUUAAGCCGCUGUUUUUCUUAGAAAAUGAGGUGAAACUUUUUUCUCUUUUUACCUUCUCUUAUUCCUAAAAUAUGCCUCUGUAAGUGCUCCUUAGAGCGUCCUCUUCAUGACAUUCAAAAACAUUCAUUAAUCAUUUAAACAUGACUGUUUGAUAAUAGAUUUUCAGAUGGAUCUAAGAAUAGGAACAUCAAUGGGAUGUUAUUGAAGACUUGUUGAAGUAGGCUCAAAAUGAUUUUGUUUCUAUUCUGUCAUGUCCGUUUAAAGCAGAGAAGACACACUUGUCAAGUCAAAUUUAUUUUUAAAACACCUUUUUUUUUCUUAUUAGCGUCAUUGUGGUUGUUCACAGAGUAACACGAAACAAAUACAACAAAGCAGAGCAAAAAUAAAACGGAACAAAUAGUCUUAUUGAUGACGAGCACUUCAAGUUAUUGGAUGUUCAUUUGGAUCAUUAGCAAAACUAACAGCUCAUCAAUGUUGUGCCAAAUGUUGUUAAACAGUGUGUGUGUGGUGCUGCGUAACUAAAGGACUGUACUUUCCUCUACCUCAUUACAGUGUGGACAUGAUUCAAUUCUCCCAUGACGAGCUGGCUCGCACGCGUAGCAUAUAAAAAUGUGAAAUAUACAAUUCAUUUGGUAGCAUCUAAACAACGUUUUUAGAAAAUCAUGGUUAUUAAAUAGUUAUUAAUGAACAACGUGACUGGCUUUCUAUCCUUAGCCUGUCAGCUGAUGCAAUAAUGUGGAUUAUGUAGAUAUUUCGGGGAUUUCUUCUGACCUUUUUUACUGAAAAAUAAAUUUAUUUGCAAAUGUA